UAGGGAUGCAGGGGCAAGGGUUGAUGGUGGUGAGGUGCAGGAGGUCAGGGAAAUGGUGGCAAGGUGCGGGAGGUAAGGGAAAAUGGUGGCGAGGUGCGGGAGGUCAGGGAAAUGGUGGCAAGGUGCGGGAGGUAAGGGCUGAUGGUGGUGAGGUGCAGGAGGUCAGGGAAAAUGGUGGCGAGGUGCGGGAGGUAAGGGCUGAUGGUGGUGAGGUGCAGGAGGUGAGGGAAGUGACGGGUUCAGGGGUGGUGGGCGCAUGGGGAGAGGAGGCAAGGGCUGAUGGUGGUUAGGUGCAGUGGACCGGGGAAUUUGCGGGUACAGGGGGGACUCUGGAUGGGACAUCCAGGAAGACGGGAUCAGGGAUGUGGAGGGGGGUGGGUAGGGAGAGGGAGGGUUCGGAGAUCUCUGCGGCAAUCUUAGACUACCUGACAAGAUCCAUCCGUCAAAUCGCCCCUCUUUCUGAUCGUCAACUGGCAGAGGAGGAGUGGAUUUCAUUCACGAAUACUGUAGAGGAUCUGACGUUCACUCUCGGGUCUUAUCAGACAGCAACACAGGACCCAUCCAACAUCGACCUGGAAGAUACGGAACCAGAGAUAGACUAAUUCAGCUGCCACUCGACCUACUGUGCCAACUAAUUCUGUCUCAUCCAGUGACACCCCCGCCUCAACAGACUCUCCCCUGUCACCCCUGCAGUGUCAACCGCAGCGACAUCGACGACAUGACCGUACAGAGAGGAGGAGAUGCACCAGGGAAGCAAAGAAGCUGCAAAAGCUUUCAGGAAGAAAUGCAUCCGACUGCUCCCAGGAGACCAGUCACCUCCCUGUACUAUCUCCACCGACGC